GGGGGCGGGGGGGGGGCGGCGUCAGGGCCGAGAUCGGAAUCUCGCCCUCCCGCGGGCCCGGGUUUCCCCGACGUCAGCCAGCCCGGGAUGUCGGGAGCGAGCCCUGACAGCCGCCGGCUUGCGUCAGCGCCGGGCGCGCGCACCGCGGCCAGCGCUGGGGCCCGGGCAGGGCUGGGGAGCGAUGGAGCGCGCGGGACCCGCGGGAGCGGCCGGGAUGGGGGCGCGCGGGCGCGCGGGGGCCCUGCGCCUGCAGGGGCUCUGGCUCCUCGGCCUGCUGGGCCCGGUCCUCGGCGGGACGUGGCCAGACUUUCAGCAGAACUUACAUCUCUCUUCUUAUGAAGUUAUAACUCCUUGGAGAUUAAUGAGAGAGCGAAGAGAAGCUCCUAACCCAUAUUCAAAACAAGUAUCUUAUGUCAUUCCAGUUGAAGGAAAAGAACAUAUUGUUCAUUUGGAAAGGAACAAUGACCUUUUGCCCAAAGAUUUUGUAGUUUACACCUACAACAAGGAAGGGGCACUUAUCUCUGACUAUCCUGAUGUACAGAAUCAUUGUCAUUAUCGGGGCUAUGUGGAGGGAGCUUAUAAUUCAUCGGUUGCUCUUAACGACUGUUUUGGCCUCAGAGGAUUGCUACAUGUGGAGAAUAUGACUUAUGGGAUUGAACCCCUGCAAAACAGCUCGCAUUUUGAGCAUGUCUUUUACCGAAUGGACAGUAUCCACAAAGAACCUCUGAAAUGUGGGGUUUCUGAUCAGGACAUAGAAAAAGAAACCACAAAGGAUGAAGGGGAGGAACCUCCUAGCACCACUCAGCUACUUCGAAGAAAAAGAGCCAUCUUGCCACAGACCCGCUACGUGGAGCUGUUCAUUGUCGUGGACAAGGAAAGGUAUGACAUGAUGGGAAAAAAUCAGACGGCGGUGAGAGAAGAGAUGAUUCGUUUAGCAAACUACUUGGACAGUAUGUAUAUUAUGUUGAAUAUUCGGAUUGUGCUUGUUGGACUGGAGAUUUGGACAAAUGGAAACCUGAUCAACAUAAUUGGGGGUGCUGGUGAUGUAUUGGCAAACUUUGUGCAGUGGCGGGAGAAGUUUCUUAUAACACGUCGGAGACAUGACAGUGCACAGCUAGUUCUGAAGAAAGGUUUUGGUGGAACUGCAGGAAUGGCGUUUGUGGGAACUGUAUGCUCAAGGAGUCAUGCCGGUGGGAUUAAUGUGUUUGGACAGAUUACAGUGGAGACAUUUGCAUCCAUUGUUGCUCAUGAGUUGGGCCAUAAUCUUGGUAUGAAUCAUGAUGAUGGCAGAGACUGUUUUUGUGGAGCAAAGAGCUGCAUCAUGAACUCUGGAGCAUCAGGUUCCAGAAACUUUAGCAGUUGCAGUGCAGAGGACUUUGAGAAGUUAACUUUGAAUAAAGGAGGAAAUUGCCUUCUUAAUAUUCCAAAGUCUGAUGAAGCUUAUAGUGCACCCUUCUGUGGUAAUAAGUUGGUGGACCCUGGUGAAGAGUGUGACUGUGGUACUCCAAAGGAAUGUGAAUUGGACCCUUGUUGUGAAGGGAGUACAUGUAAGCUUAAAUCAUCUGCUGAAUGUGCCUAUGGUGACUGUUGUAAAGACUGUUGGUUUCUUCCAGGAGGUACUUUAUGCCGAGGAAAAACUAAUGAAUGUGAUGUUCCAGAAUAUUGCAAUGGUACUUCUCAGUUCUGCCAACCAGAUGUUUUUAUUCAGAAUGGAUAUCCUUGCCAGAAUAACAAAGCCUACUGCUACAAUGGCAUGUGCCAGUAUUACGAUGCUCAGUGUCAAGUCAUCUUUGGUUCAAAAGCCAAGGCAGCCCCAAGAGAUUGUUUCAUUGAUGUGAAUUCUAAAGGUGACAGAUUUGGCAAUUGUGGUUUCUCUGGCAAUGAAUACAAGAAAUGUGCCACUGGGAAUGCUUUGUGUGGAAAGCUUCAGUGUGAGAAUGUUGAAGAGAUGCCUGUGUUUGGAAUUGUGCCUGCUAUUAUUAAGAGUCCCAGUGGAAGCACCACAUGUUGGGGUGUAGAUUUUCAACUGGGGUCAGAUGUUCCAGAUCCUGGUAUGGUGAAUGAAGGCACAAGAUGUGAUGUUGGAAAGAUUUGUAGAAACUUUCAAUGUGUAAAUGCUUCUGUUCUGAAUUAUGACUGUGAUAUUCAGAAAAAAUGUCAUGGACAUGGGGUAUGUAAUAGCAAUAAGAAUUGCCAUUGUGAAAAUGGCUGGGCUCCACCAGAUUGCGAGAAUAAAGGAUACGGAGGAAGCGUGGACAGUGGACCAACAUAUAAUGAAAAGGAUUCCACGCUGAGGGAUGGACUUCUGAUAUUCUUCUUUUUGGUAGUUCCCCUUCUUGUGCUUGCUGCCUUUGCCUUCAUAAAGAGAGAUCAGCUACAGAAAAGAUGCUUCCGGAAGAAGAGAUCACGAACAUAUGAAUCAGAUAACAAAAAUCAAGCAAAAAUUCCUAGACAGCCAGUGAGUGUUCCUCGCCAUGUUUCCCCAGUGACUCCUCCCAGGCAAGCUCCUAUCUAUGCAAACAGAUUUCCAACACCUGCGUACACAGCCACGCAGCCUCAGCAGUUUCCAUCAAGGCCACCUCCACCACAACCGAAAGUAUCAUCUCAGGGAAAUUUAAUACCUGCUCGUCCUGCUCCUGCACCACCUUUAUACAGUUCUCUAACUUGAUUUUUUUUUUUUUACAACUUUCCUUAUGCCAGUAAUCUUCAGGAAACUGAGCUAAUAGGUUUAUCCCCCUGAUAUUUUCUUGAAAGCCUUUCUUGCUGCAACUGUGAAUGAAAACAAGAUACUACGAAACAGACUUUACUAAUUACACAGGAAAACUGAGAACAGAAAUAGAGUUGUCAGAAUUGAAAAAUACGAAAAAUGUAAUAAAACCAGGGAAUCUAGAAUAAUAUGAAAUUUUCAUCAUUGAGUGAAUUGUUUUCAGUUGUAUGUGAAUUAAUGUACUUAACAUGGAUUAUAUUAUUUUGAACAUGCUAGUGUAAUGAUUCUCAAAAAGAUUUAAGUUUUACCAUGUAUUUCAUUGCAAUUCUGAAUUCUUUAGUUAUUAUUAAUGUAGUUCUGGUUGAACAUAUGGAAAUCUAAUACUUUUGGAAUUUGAUUAGUUAGGUGCCAGUAAUAGAUGAUAGUUUUCAUCUUGAAUGGGCUAAUCUCAUCAAACUUUAGUCUUGUUUAUUUCAUUCAUGACAUGAGUAGUUAGGUACCAGUAAUAAAUGAUAGUCUUCAUCUUGAAUGGACUAAUUUAUUAAACACUAGUCUUGUCUAUUUCGUUCACUACGAGUAAAUGUUAUAUUCUCAGAAAAUGCAUAAAACCUACAUAAGAUAUUGUGUUUUUAAAAGUAUAAAAUACUUUUAAACGUAUAUGUGUGUAUUCACACACAUCUUUCAUUUUUAUGGUCAUUCUAUGGAUAAAUGAUUCUGUGGAUUCUAUAGGCAAUAGAAUCUUUGCAUCUAUCUACGGAUAAUGAUUAGAAAAGUUAAUACAAUUUCUAUUUGUAAUCAUGUUGUAGCAUGACAUUCUUUUAGAAUAUCAUAUUUUAAAUAAAUAAUAAAACUUCAGGUACAAAGUAUUUAAUAGAGCUAAUCAGAUACUGUUGAUUCAUGGACAUAGCAAAGCAGGAGCUAUUAUAAUGUCUUCAAUCAGUUGUGCUGUCAAAACCACUUGGGAAUUUCCUGAGCACUUUAAUGAAAUCUAAAAUCUUUGUUUUCAAACUUAAUUAAUAUAAGUUAGAAUGUUUACAUUUACCAAGGUGUACUACAUCAUUUUUCUGUCACUAAUUUUUUUCAAAGAGAAAGGGGAAGAGGUAAUCAUUUUUAGACAAGGACAAAAAAUGUAGUGUCUGAAUUAUCGUCUCACCUGUGUUAAAAAGAUAAUUUGAUUUUUACUAAUGGAAUAAAUGUAAUGUAUUGAUGGUAAAAUUUUAAGCUUUCAAAAUUUUUCAUGAGCUUUCAUACAUAAUAAUGUUCAAUAAAUUUAUUAACUAAAUUUCAUUAGCUAAAAUAUUUGGUUUGUAUAUAUAUAAAUAUACAAAUACAAUAUUUACAACAAAUAAAAUACUUGAAAUUCUG